UCUCUUUUGGCAGAGAAACUUAUUUAGUGCCCACAGAAAUCUCCACAUUACCAGCUGAGAGUGCCCCGAACUGGCAGUCAUGAAGGAACUGAAGAGCAAGGCAUUCUGGAGGGCCGUUUUGGCCGAGCUGGUGGGCAUGACCCUCUUCAUCUUCCUUAGCAUUACAGCUGCCGUUGGAAACUCCAACAAUGACAAACCAGAUCAGGAGGUCAAAGUGGCACUGGCUUUCGGCUUGUCCAUCGCCACUCUCGCCCAGAGUCUCGGGCACAUCAGCGGAGCCCAUCUGAACCCGGCCGUGACGUUGGGCUUGCUGGCCAGCUGUCAGAUCAGCUUGCUAAAGGCUGUGAUGUACAUCGUUGCCCAGAUGUUGGGUGCAGCGAUGGCCAGUGGCAUCGUCUAUGGCUGCACAAAAGGGGACGCCCUGGGACUAAACACUAUCAACAGCAAUAUUUCUCCAGGUCAAGGUGUUGGCAUUGAACUCCUCGCUACCUUCCAGCUGGUUCUGUGUGUCAUAGCAGUCACAGAUAAAAGAAGGCGUGACGUGACAGGCUCCGCCCCCUUGGCCAUCGGGCUCAGUGUUUGCCUGGGCCACUUGACAGCCAUCAGCUUCACUGGAUGUGGCAUCAAUCCUGCCCGAUCCUUCGGUCCAGCAGUGAUUCUCAAAGACUUUACCAAUCACUGGGUCUACUGGGUAGGCCCGAUGUGUGGGGGUGUGGCAGCCGCCCUGGUCUAUGACUUCCUUCUUUACCCGAAAUUGGAUGACUUCCCUGACCGCAUGAGAGUGCUGGUCUCUGGUCCGCCCACUGACUAUGAUGUCAAUGGAACAGACGACCCCCCUGCUGUAGAGAUGUCAUCAAAGUGAUGAAAUUAUCUGCAAAUUUAGUGUAUCAUACUCUUUAAGACUACAACAUACCUGUAAAUAUAUCUUUUGUCCCCACGGGGAAAUGACAUUGUUUUUAAAUGUACUAUAUGACAGUGUUAAAAUUGCAAUUGUGAAUCUAUUUAGCAGGCGUUUUUUGUCUCAGUUCACGUAAGCUUUUUGUUAUUUCGUCUCUUUUGUUUAGUGAAUCAGUAUGUACCUCAGGAAAAUUAUACAAUGUUUUCAAAAAUGUCACAUAUCAGUAUUCAAAAUGUAGAUUCACUUGUUUUUGUAAACAUUAUUUUUUAAAUGAAAGUGUGUUUUAUGUCACGUUGUAUUGUAUUAUGUGUACACUAUAAUAUUUGUUUUCUUGACUUUUGUAAGUAAACUUCAGAAUGCAAAAUCUUAAA